AUGCCAAGUCAUAGAACAGACUUCUGGAAACUGGCCAUCAAAAUCAUUUUCUUGUCACAAACUACAGCUGGAAUUCUGGGAAAUUUCUGUCUUCUUUACUACUAUCUAGUUCACUAUGGAGAGAGCAAAUUAAAGCCCACAGAUUUGAUUCGCAUGCACCUAAAUGCCGCCAAUGCUUUGAUCAUUCUCUCUGCUGGAGUGCCAAAUACAAUGGCAGCUUUUGGGUUGAAGCAAUUUUUAAAUGAUCUUGGGUGCAAAUUAAUUUUGUACAUUCAAAGAGUUGGCAGGACUGUGUCCAUUGGCACCACCUGCCUCUUGAGUGUUUUCCAAGCCAUCACCAUCAGUCACAAGGAAUGCUGCUGUAAGGAUCAAAAAACCAAAGCUUCAAAGUACAUUGGCCACUCCAUUGCCCUCCUCUGGGUUUUGUACAUGUUGAUAAAUAUCAUUUUCCCUGUGUACCCACUUAUUGAAAGGAAUAGCAAAAAUCUGACAAGAAAACGAGAUUUUGGAUACUGUUCCACUGUAGAGAGUAAUGAAAUCAAUGACUCACUCUAUUCAGCACUGGUGGUAUGCCCUGAAAUCUUCUUUUCUUUGCUCAUGGCCUGGUCUAGUGGCUACAUGAUUGUCAUUCUGUACAGACACAAGCAGAGGGUUCAACAUAUUUGUAGCAGUCGUGUUUCUAGCAGAAUCUGUUUAGAAUCCAAAGCCACCCAGAGCAUCCUGGCCCUGGUGUCUACCUUUCUGGCUUUUUAUACUCUCUCCUCCAUCUUACAAGGCUGUGUCGCUCUUUUGUAUAAUCACAAUUGGUGGCUGCUCAACAUCAAUAGCCUCACUUCUCUGGGUUUUCCCUGUUUUGCACCAUUUGUUCUUAUAAAUUUUUACUCUGUGGUUCCUAGACUCAGUUUGGCCUGGAUAAGCAAUAAAAUCUCUAAUUCUUCAUGCAAAUGA